AUGGGCAUUAAGAAGCUUGCCCUCUUUCUCUUGGUUCUCUGUCUCUGUCUAGAGGGAGGAUCUGCCAAAGAAAAAGGAACAAAGAAGGGAAAAAAGAAAGGGAAGCAGGUUUACUGUCCAUCACAGCUGUCAUCUGAGGAUCUGGCCCGAGUCCCUGAAAAUUCAACCAGUAACAUCUUGAACAGGUUACUGAUCACUUAUGAUCCCAGAAUAAGGCCCAACUUCAAAGGAAUUCCUGUGGAGGACAGAGUGAACAUUUUCAUCAACAGCUUUGGUUCAAUCCAAGAAACAACUAUGGAUUACAGAGUCAACAUCUUCUUGCGGCAGCGCUGGAAUGACCCCAGGCUGAAGCUGCCACAGGACUUCAAGUCUGAUUCUCUCACUGUUGAUCCCAAGAUGUUUAAAUGUCUCUGGAAACCUGACCUGUUCUUCGCAAAUGAAAAGAGUGCCAACUUUCAUGACGUUACUCAAGAAAACAUUCUCCUUUUCAUCUUCCGUAACGGAGAUGUCCUCAUCAGUAUGAGGUUGUCCGUCACCCUGUCUUGCCCACUGGACCUGACACUGUUCCCUAUGGACACACAGAGGUGUAAAAUGCAACUUGAAAGCUUUGGCUACACCACAGAUGACCUGCAGUUCAUGUGGCAGACAGGAGACCCAGUGCAAAUGGAUGCCAUUGCUCUGCCACAGUUUGAUAUCAGACAAGAAGACAUUGAUUAUGGAAACUGCACCAAAUUCUAUGCGGCAACAGGGUACUACACAUGCGUGGAGGUUACCUUCACCCUAAGGCGACAGGUCGGUUUCUACAUGAUGGGAGUUUACGCCCCCACGCUGCUCAUUGUGGUCCUCUCCUGGCUGUCCUUCUGGAUCAACCCUGAUGCGAGUGCCGCAAGGGUCCCUUUAGGCAUCCUCUCUGUGCUCUCUCUGUCCUCUGAGUGCACCUCCUUGGCUUCAGAGUUGCCAAAGGUGUCCUACGUCAAGGCCAUCGACAUCUGGCUCAUCGCUUGCCUGCUGUUUGGUUUCGCCUCGCUGGUGGAGUAUGCUGUGGUUCAAGUGAUGCUAAACAGUCCAAAGCGCAUCGAAGCUGAGAAGGCCAAAAUGGCAGCGAAGGACAAAGCUAUGGGAAAGAGCCCUACUGCUAAGAACAACACGGUCAACGGGACUGGAGGGACGCCGCUUCAUGUCAGCACCUUACAUGUGGCAGAGACUCGCUGUAAGAAGGUGUGCACCUCUAAAUCAGAUCUACGGACCAACGACUUCAGCAUCGUGGGCUCGCUCCCGCGGGACUUUGAACUGUCGAACUUUGACUGCUACGGGAAGCCCAUUGACACUAGCCGCGGUCACGGCAAAUCCCAGGCCAAGAACAAGAAACCUCCUCCUCCCAAACCCGUCAUACCAUCUGCUGCCAAAAGAGUCGACCUGUACGCCCGAGCCCUCUUCCCUUUCACCUUCCUCUUCUUUAAUGUUAUUUAUUGGUCCGUAUAUUUGUGA